GCUUCACAGGUCCAGGAUGGAGAUGUGGAAAUGGAAAAGGUACCUCAUCAGCAUCGCCAUUGAGCCACCAGCUAAACUUUUGCUUUAUGACCCAAAAGCUUAUGCUCUGUUGGCCUAGAAGUUUUGACCCCAGAAGUGGGGGUGCUUUGGUCUGGAGAUAUCCCACUGAACUGGAAGCUAAGACUACUCUCUAUCCACAUUGGAAGCAACCAUAGAGUUAGGAGGGGUGGUUGACCCAGACCAAAUGAAAUUGAACUCUUUCCCUACAAUGGAGGUAAGGAACAUCAUAUCAAACACAAGAGAUCUGCACUGUGAUUAAAGCCAAGGGAAACUACAACAACUCAACCCAGGUAGGAUGAUACAUAACCCAGACCCUUCAAGAGUGAAGGCAUUGGUCACUUCUCCAAGUAAAGGACCAAGAAUGCCCGAUGUGCUUGCUGAGGGUGGAGGGACUAAGGAAUCGGUGUAGAAGAUAGUUAUAACUCCAGGUAAGGCUACGAAAUCUGUUAUAGAAAUGGGGAUUGUUAGUGCCAAGAAUGUUUCUGUCCCAAUUGUGUUCAGACUAUGUUUGAGUAGAUAGAUGCAUUUAUUAAGAAAAUAUCUGUAUUUUUAUUCCUUUUGUGUUCCUUUAUCCAGUAAUGUAAUGACUGAGAUGCUAUCAGUCGUUAAAUGUUCUUAAAUUUAUCUUGUCAUAGUUAAGGCAUAGGACAAUAAAAGACCACAUUCCUCCAGGGACCUUGCCAAUUUUCUGAGGAAAAUACAGUGCAUUUUCACUGGUAGUGAGAUAACUAUAUAGCAUUGGUCUCAAGUCAGAAACACGUUUUGAAGAAGCUCCUCCCCUAGAGUGGGUAGCCCUUCUCAGUGGUAACCACCUACAUAAAAGAAGUCUUCUGGGGGAAACUCUGCUGUUUGCUGGCCUGCUUCACUUCCUGCUGCUGGUGAGGGUGUUAAUCCUUGCUGCAGCUGUGCAUCCUCACUGACAUCAGACUCCAGUGUCUCCGGGAUCCAGUGGACAUUGAAGAUCGGUAGCUCUCCAGGAGUCUUCAAAGCACCAGGUUUGGAAGUGCUGAGGCUUCUGACUUUGUAACCUGAACAACUCCCAGGUUCCAGCCAUUGUUGGACUGGGCUGUGUGGACCCAUCCAGCACACUCAGGUGAUAACAGGAGAUGGAGAAGUCAGAGGGAAGAAAGUCUGUUUCCCAGGCCAGAGUGGAGAAUGGCAUGGAGAACCCAGGUCUCGAGCUCAUGGAAGGUGGAAAUCUUGCGCAAAGAAACACACUAGAGGAAGUGACACAGGGACUCAGCCUGGAGGAUGGCUUGGGUCAUUCCUCUCUCUGGAGCAGGAGGAUUUUUCAGCCUUUCACGAAGGCGAGAAGUUUCUUUGAAAGACAUGCUGGUUUAUUCAGAAAGAUCCUGCUUGGUCUCUUGUGUUUAGCUUAUGCUGCCUACUUCCUGGCAGCGUGCAUCCUGAACUUCCAGAGGGCACUGGCCUUGUUUGUCAUCACCUGUCUUGUGUUCUUCAUUUCUGCUUACCACUUUCUGGAAAAAUUCCCUGCUAAAAAAUUAAUAAGAUGUCUAAGUUGCUUUAGAAACUUCUGCCUGAGACGUUGUCUGAAGUGGGUGUUGCCAGGAGCCUCUGUAGUUAGCCAGAUCUUGUGGCUGGUUCUCGACACAGCUCAAAGGCCAGAGCAGCUGAUCUCCUUUGCAGGAAUCUGUAUGUUCAUCCUCAUCCUCUUUGCCUGCUCCAAACACCACAGUGCGGUAUGCUGGAGGACGGUGUUUUGGGGCCUGGGCCUUCAGUUCAUCUUUGGGAUUUUGGUCAUCAGAACUGAACCUGGAUUUAAUGCAUUUCAAUGGCUGGGAGAUCAGAUCCAGAUUUUCCUGGCUUAUACUGUGGAAGGAUCCAGUUUUGUUUUUGGUGAUACACUGGUCUACAAUGUUUUUGCUUUUCAGUCUCUGCCAAUCAUUAUUUUCUUCGGAUGUGUGAUGUCUAUUCUUUACUACCUGGGCCUUGUGCAGUGGGUGAUUCAGAAGAUUGCCUUGUUUCUUCAAAGCAAGAUGGGCACCACUGCUCCAGAAACCCUGGCCAUGGCAGGAAACAUCUUUGUGGGGCUGACAGAAGUACCUCUGCUCAUCCGUCCCUACCUUGCAGACAUGACCAUCUCUGAAAUCCAUGCAGUCAUGACUGGAGGCUUUGCUACCAUAGCAGGCACAAUGUUGGGAGCCUUCAUAUCCUUUGGGAUUGAUGCAUCAUCCUUGAUUUCUGCCUCAGUGAUGGCUGCCCCUUGUGCACUUGCCCUGUCCAAACUGGUAUAUCCAGAAGUCAAAGAGUCCAAGUUCAAGAGCAAGGAGGGACUGAAGCUGCCUCGAGGGGAAGAGAGGAAUAUCCUGGAAGCUGCAAGCAAUGGAGCCACAGAAGCCAUAAGCCUUGUUGCUAAUGUUGCAGCCAACCUGAUUGCCUUUCUGGCUGUAUUGGCCUUCGUCAAUGCUACCCUCUCCUGGCUGGGGGAAAUGGUGGAUUUCCGUGGACUCAGUUUCCAGGUCAUCUGCUCCUAUAUCCUAAGGCCCAUGGCUUUCAUGAUGGCUGUACAGUGGACAGACUGCCUUCUGGUGAUUGAGAUAGUGGGAGUCAAAUUCUUCAUAAAUGAAUUUGUGGCCUACCAGCAACUGAUUCAGUACAAGAACAAACGUCUCUCUGGAGUAGAAGAGUGGAUCAAUGGCGAGAAACAGUGGAUUUCUGUGAAAGCUGAAAUCAUUACAACAUUUUCCCUCUGUGGAUUUGCCAAUCUUAGUUCCAUAGGAAUCACACUGGGAGGCUUGACAUCCAUGAUAACCCAGAGGAAGAGUGACUUGUGCAAGAUUGUGGUCAGGGCCCUCUUCACAGGUGCCUGUGUUUCCUUUAUCAGUGCCUGCAUGGCAGGAAUCCUCUAUGUUCCCAGAGGCGCUGAAACUGACUGUGUCUCAUUCCUAAACACAAAUUUCACCAAUAGGACCUAUGAGACAUAUGUGUGCUGCAGAGAGCUUUUCCAGAGUACUUCGCUGAAUGGCACCAACAUGCCUUCUUUCUCAGGCCCCUGGCAAGACAACGUGUCCAGCCUCAGGAAUCUUGCUAGCUGCUGUGACCUCUAUACCAGCACUGUGUGUGCAUGAGGCUGGUGGGCCGCUCCAAGACAGUUCUCAUAGAACAGAUUCAUAUUACCAAAUACAUUUUCAUGUACUUCCUAUUCUCUGAGAACCCCACUAAACUCCACAAAGUGAAAUUUCUGAGCUCACUAUAGCUCUGUAUAAAAAUCAGCCCUUACCUUUCCAGCGGCAUGACAUGAAAUUCCGGUUACCAGACAUGAAAUUCAUUAUAGACCCUCUUGAGCCAAAGUAUGGUGGGAAUGUAACUGAGGGGAAAAUAUGUGUGUGGUGAGGGCUAAGAUCCAGGUUCAACCCCGGGCCUGGCCCAGAGUGGGGAGAGUGGGGAAAUCAAAGUAGAUGCUUAGUUUUAACUUGGGAAUGGUGGCAAACCCCGUGGUCUCUUACCUGUAGGCUCACAGCUAAGGGGAUUACCUCAGAUUCAAGGCAAGCCUGGCCCAAACAUGACAUGUCCUCUUGCAGGGGUGGAGGUGAGGGGAGAUAUUUUUAAAGUUAUAUUGGAAACAUGUGUGAAUUUAAAGACACACAUUCUUUUUGUAUUGCCAAAGACUUAUAAACACAAGAGCUUCUUUUAUUUUCAUAAAUAAAAAUGAUUCCUGU